AUGUCGACUCACAAAGCCCUAGUUCUCCACGCCCGGGACAAGCCGCUCGUCCUUGAAACCGUCUCCCUCCCCAUCGCAUCAACUGGUGAUGCGAUUGUUCGCAUCCUCGCUGCCGAUAUCGUACCCUACAUGGGGGAGGUGAUCAGCAAUAAGCGCCCUUACCCACUGUCUCUGCCCAUGACACCAGGAAACACCGCCAUUGGCCGAGUACAUGAAGUUGGACCAGAUGCCGUGGACCUCACGCCCGGCCAGCUCGUCUUCUGCGACAUUACCAUUCGCGCCCGAGAUAAUCCGGCCGUUUCUAUUCUCUACGGCGUACACGGUGGCGGAUAUCCCGCGGCACAAAAACUCAUGGAUGGAGUUUGGCGUAACGCAACAUACGCCGAAUAUGCGCGAUUCCCGCUGGAAAAUCUAUACCGUCUUGAUGAGGCGUCUCUUCUUCGAUCACUGAGAUACAGCAUAAAUGAUCUAUGUCUCUUGCCCGUGUGCCUUGUUCCAUUUGGUGGUCUUUCCGAGGUCGGCUUGAAGCCUGGUGAGGUGGUGAUUGUGGCCCCCGCAACAGGGCGAUAUGGCGGCGCCGCCGUGAACAUUGCCCUGGCAAUGGGCGCGACAGUGAUCGCUGGUGGGCGGAACAUAACUGCGUUGGAGAAGCUGAAGAGCAUCCAUGCCACGAAUCGAUUAAGAACUGUCCAGAUCACUGGUGAUGCCGCCGCUGAUACCGAGUUGUUCCGUGCAGCAGCUGGGAAGGAUGGAGCAGAUGUGUACCUUGACCUUUCGCCACCAGCCGUUCAAGGCUCAUCACUCCUCACGUCUGGCAUCCGGUCAUUGCGUGCCUUUGGUCGAUGCGUUGUUAUGGGAGGUAAUUCGGGACAUAUUGACUUCCCUUACCUCGAGAUCAUGUUCAAGAGUAUUCGAAUCCAGGGGCGGUUCAUGUACGAUCGCCGGCAUGUGCUGCAAUUGAUCCAGAUGGUCGAAUCGGGAUUGCUUCCUCUAGGCAAGAAGGCUGGUGUCUCUCAGACGGAGGUCUUUGGGCUCGAACAGAUCGAAGAGGCUUUGCAGGCCGCUGGUAAGUUGAGCGGGUGGGGUGGGUAUGUGGUGCUCAAGCCAUAG